AUGAAUUAUAAAUUAACAGAACCUCUUUAAAGCUAAUGGUAACAUCCUCAAAUAGUAGGAGAAUUUAAAACUUAAAAAGGAAAAAUGAGAAUACUUCAUGGGUAUUCUAAUUAAAUAAUUGUUGCAAAUAAGAAUAAAUUCAUUUCAUUAUCGUUUGAGACAAAAUUUUAAUUAUUGAGAGAGAAUGUCGAUGAGAAAUUUAAAGUUGGAAAACCAUUAGGUUUAUAGAUCGAAAGAGAAAAUAUUUAACAUAAAAUAACAUUAUAUUCAGAUGAUGUAUAAAUGCUAAAAAAUUGGAGAAAUUAUUUAGCUAAACAUAUAAAUUAAAGAGGGUUUCAUGAGAGUUUUAAAGCUCAUCGUAAAAUAGGAAAAGGGAAUUUUGCAUCAGUAUAUUUGGCAGAUCGUUUGGAAGAUGAAAGAAGUUUUGCUAUAAAAGCAUUCUCUAAAGAAGUAGCUUAUGGUUAAGAUAAGGGGAAGGUAUAUAUUAAAACUAAUAUAAGAUGUCAAUAUUAAAUGAAAUAGCAAUAAUGAGAUAGCUUGAUAGUUAUGCAUUAAUAAAACUACAUGAAGUUUAUGAGACAGAUAAUUCUCUUUAUAUGGUACUUGAUCUAUUAGAAGGUGGCUCAUUGUAUGAGAAAGUAAAAAAUAGACCUUAAUUCAAUGCAUUUGAAAUUGAGGUGCUUAUAUAUAGUUUAUUGGAAGGGCUUUUUCAUAUGCAUUCGAAAAAUAUAAUGCAUAGAGAUUUAAAGCCAGAAAAUAUUUUAUUUAGAAAAUAGAAGUAUUUCUAUAAUUAAAUAAAAAAGUAAUAUUUAAUCUGUUUGUGUUGCUGAUUUUGGAUUAGCUUAAAGAUCUGAUUAAUUUCCAUUUUUAUUUAAUAGAUGUGGCACACCAGGAUUUGUUGCUCCAGAAGUUAUAAAUUGUAAAGAUGGAGGAAGAUAUGAUCCUAUUUGUGAUGUUUUUAGUUUAGGAUUGAUUUUCUAUAUAUUGUAAGAUGAUUUUAAUUCAAAUUUAGACUUACAGGAAAACCAGCUUUCCCUGGUAAAAGUUAUAAUGAUGUUUUGGGAAAAAACAGAAAAUGUGAAAUUUAAUUUGAUGCUUAACUUUUUGAAAGUGUUCCUUAAUAAGCUUAUGAUUUACUUAAAAAAAUGCUUGAUAAAAAUCCUAAUACAAGAAUAUCUGCAUAAUCAGCUCUUAAUCAUGGUUAUUUUGGUAGAAGAUUAAAAUAAAUAGACGAAAAUGAAGAUAUUGCAUUGAAAAAUUAAGAAGAAUAAUUAAAGUUUGAUAAAUAAAGAUUAAAAUAAUUAAGUAAUUCUCCACUUCAUUCACCUCUAAUAACUGCAUCUUCUAAAUUAAGAAAAGAUUUUUCAAAUGAUAGUUUCUAAUAAUAAAGUCCUCUAUUAAAUGGAAGAACUGAUUAAAUAGGUUUUUAAUAAUAUUUAUAUUAGAUUCACCAUUAAAUAAUGGAUUCAAUAGUCCAUCUGCUUAAGGUAGAUAAUUAAAUAGAAAUGAAUAAUAAUAAUAAUAGAAACCUUCAAGAUUUAGUAAUAAUGAUGGUUAUAAUUAAUCAAAUGAACCCAAUUCCAAAGGUAGCUCUUCAUAAGUUAAUUCCAAGAAUUUUAGUUUAAAUUAAAAUCCUUUGCAUAAAUAUGCAAUAAGAAAUGAAAUGAUUAAAUAGUAAAACUAGUAAGAAUAAAAAUAAUGA